CAUCUCUUAUUCUAGGGAAAAUGCUGUAGAAGAUAAGGUGUCACUCUACUGGAAAAGUGAAAAUAAUACCAUUUCCGAAGUGAAUGGUACAAAAGUAUUCAGUUAUGAUCGUGUCUUUCACUCGAGUGACAACACUCAACAGUUAUAUGAAGGUGUAGCUGUUCCAAUUAUAGAGUCAGCUGUGCAAGGUUAUAAUGGCACAAUUUUUGCUUAUGGACAGACUGCUUCAGGGAAGACAUACACAAUGAUGGGAAAUGAAGAUUCUGUGGGCAUUAUCCCUAAGGCAAUUCAACAUGUUUUCAAAGUUAUUUGUGAGAUUCCAGACAGAGAAUUCUUGCUAAGAGUUUCUUACAUGGAAAUCUACAAUGAAACCAUUACAGAUUUGCUUUGUGAUAACAGGAAAAAGAAGCCUCUGGGAAUUCGUGAGGAUGUUAAUAGGAAUACAUAUGUAGAAGAUCUGAUUGAAGAGGUGGUGGUUGCCCCUGAACAAGUUAUGGAAUGGAUCAGAAAAGGUGAAAAAAAUCGCCAUUAUGGAGAAACAAAAAUGAAUGAACACAGCAGCCGUUCUCACACUAUCUUCAGAAUGAUCAUUGAAAGCAGAGAACGAAGUGACCCUGCAAAUGCAAACUGUGAUGGAGCAGUGAUGGUAUCCCACUUGAACUUGGUAGAUCUGGCAGGAAGUGAAAGAGCUAGUCAAACAGGAUCUGAAGGUGUCCGACUGAAAGAAGGCUGCAAUAUAAACCGGAGCUUGUUCAUUCUGGGUCAAGUCAUCAAAAAACUUUGUGAUGACCCUUCUGGCUUCAUAAAUUACAGAGACAGCAAGCUGACUCGAAUUCUGCAGAACUCCCUUGGAGGAAAUGCUAAAACUGUUAUUAUUUGUACAGUUACUCCUGUUUCUUUUGAUGAAACGCUCAGUACUCUCCAGUUUGCCAAUACAGCCAAAAGAAUGAAGAAUACUCCAAAAGUCAAUGAAGUACUUGAUGAUGAUGCCCUCUUGAAGAGAUAUCGCAAAGAAAUUCUGGAUUUGAAAAAGCAGCUGGAGGAAGUGUCUUCGAAGACUCAAAUUCAUGCUAUGGAAAAAGACCAAUUGGCCCAGCUGUUGCAAGAAAAAAAUUCUCUUCAAAAAGUACAAGAAGAUAGGAUACGAAACUUAACUGAGAUGCUAGUGACUUCUGCCUCCUUUUCCUCCAAACAGAAUGCUAAAGCCAAGAGAAGAAGAAGAGUUACUUGGGCUCCUGGUAAAAUAAACCAGGCGAAUGUGAGUUAUUUUGAAGACUUUGAAAAACCAAGGUUGACUGAAACCAAACGAAUGAAAAUGUCUCUGCCAACACUACUAGACACAGAGGACUCUAUAUUAGAGAAUUCUGAACAUGACAACCAAUGUCUGAUGGUUCCUGAUCAAAUUUCAGAUGUAGAAUGGACUGCUGGACCUAACAUGAAUUGGACUCAGAAAGACUUUGAAGAAUCUGUGCAACUCUGUGAAGCAUUAGCACUAGAAAAGGAUAUUGCUGUAAAUGAGGCCAACGUCCUGCAAGCUAAUUUUAAUGACCUAGUAUUGGAAAAUGAGCAGUUGAAAUCAGAAAUAAAUGAACUGAAGGAGAAACUGAGGGAAAAAGUAGAAAUGGAUGAAUUUGAAGCACUGGAAAAACAAACACAAAAAGAUCAUGAGGCAGAAAUAAACUCCAAAUUGCAACAGCUGAAAGAGAAAGAGAACAAAAUAAUGAUUUUACAGAAUCAAGUGGAAGAAUUACAGAAAGCAGAAGUGGAAAAAAAGGACACAUCUUUUUCAGUGGGAGAUUCUGAUAAGCUAAUUGAGGAAAUUCAGCAGCUGAAUAAAUCCCUUUUAGAUAGUGAAACCAUAGCCUUGGAUGCCAAAAAAGAAUCUGCUUUUCUCAGAACUGAAAAUCUGGAGCUGAAGGAAAAGAUGAAUGAACUCUUAAGUAAUUACAAGCAAAUGGAAAAGGAUGUUCAAUUGUAUCAAAGCCAAAUAGAAGCAGGAAAAGCCAGUUACAAAAAAAUGCAAGCUGACUUGCAGAAAGAGUUGCAGUCCGUGUUUCAAGAAAACACAAGGCUAACUUCACUGAUGGAGGGUAAAGUUCCAAAAGAUCUGCACUCUCUUGCGGAGCUGGAAAAAAAGGCAGCUGACUUAAAAGGAGAACUAGAAAAAGCAUUGAGAGAGAAUGCACUUCUACAGAAACAAGUAAACGAGCUGUCAGAAUUUCAGUCUUUACCAAAUACUGUUGAGAUACAGCAGAAAGAGAUUCUUGAAAAAUCUGAGGAGCUACAUUUAUUAAAAUUGGAAAGAGAAAAGCUUAUUUCUGAAAUAGCUGAUAAUGAAAUUAAACUUAAACAUAUGACUGAAGAAAUUGGAAAAUCAAAAGACAGUUUAGCAGAUGUGCAACUUAAAUAUGUGAAGUCUGAUCAGGAGUUUGUAGCACUUAAACAGCUCCAUGAAGAACUACAGCGAAAAUAUGUAGCUGCAUCAGAAAACAAUGAACAAAUGAAGGUCCAAAUAGAUACUCUAUCUAAAGAAGAACAAGAGUUGAAAACAACUUUGGAUGAAGUGAAAUUAGAGCUCUCUAGCAAAAUGAAAGAACUGGAAGAAAAGACAGCAGAGCACAAACAGCUGCUUGAGAUAAGAGAAGAUUUUAUUCGGACUCAGCAGAAGUUAAAUGAAAUGGAGCAAUUAAAAGAGCAAGAAAAGAUUAUAGAGCUGAGACUGGAGGCCAAGGAUUCGGAGAUCCAGGCAGUUCUUCAGCAGCUUACUGAAUGUCAGGAAGAAAUAAAAACUCUAACCCAGGAAAGAGAUUACCUGAAGCAAAAAGAGGAGUCUCUCCAAGCUGAGACAGACCAACUCAAAGAGGACAUAAAGGACACUGUUUCAAUGAAUAUUUUGGCACAUGAAGAACUAAGAAAUGCACAGAUUUCUCUCAAGCAAUCCCAGGACACUGUCAAGAAGUUGGAAAAAAAUGUUUCUGAAAAACAAUCUCAGAUUCUAACUGUUGAAGAGGCACUAGGGAAAACCAUUAAAGAACUCGAAAUACAGAUAUCUCAAAUGACGGAAGAAAUAAAUAUCAUCACAUCAGAGAGAGACCAGCUUGCUAAGGAAAAAUCAGAAAAUGGUAACUGUAGAGAAAGUGAUCAGCUUCAGGUGCAAAAGGAACAAAUCUUUUUCCUUACACAAGAGAACAAAUCAUUGCAGGAUAAGCUGGACAGUUUACACUUGAAAAAAGAAGAGUAUGGGGAAGGAACUUUGAUGCCACAGAUUCCAGAAAAAUCUAUUGAGCAAGAAAUACUACUUCUGAGAGAAGAACUGAGCCAGGCACAAAGGAAAUUGCAUGAAAUGGCGGAAGUGAAGGCCAAUGAAGGUCAAGGAGAAUCUGAAAAAACGGAGAGAACAGAUUUUAUUCCAAAAUUGCCUGACUGUCAGGAAGUGAGCACUCUGACAGAAAAAGGAGAUGAUAAUCUUAAAAUACAACUGGAGAAUCUCCAGACUGAGAGAGACCAGCUAAGAGAAACUAUACAGGAGACAAUUAGCAUGAAUUCAGAGAUGCAGGAAGAGUUGAAAUGUGCUCACAACUCUCUCAGACAACAUCAGGAGACUAUUGUGGAGCUGAAAGGAAGUAUUUCAGAGAAAGAAAAUCAGCUCUUGAAAGCGCAAGAGGCACUGAAGGAAACAACUGAUGAGCUGCAGCAGAAGCUCGCUGAAGUAACUGAAAACCUGACUCAUGUCUCUUCUGAAUGUGGCAAGCUACUGGCAGAAAAAGAACAAAUUGAAAGAACAAUGAAUGAGCAUAUCUGUCAGCAGCUUGAGAAAAUCACUUUCCUUAACCAGGAGAAAGAUGAGCUACAGCAAAUGGUAGAGACUUGCAAAGCAGAAAGACAUCAGUUAGAGGCUGACUGUCAGGAGAACAAGGACAGAUCUUUAAAACUUCUGACAGAAGUGGAAAAUCUUCAGGAACAACUAAGGCAUCAGAAAGAGCAAGCUGAUAUCCAGAAGAACAUGCUAGCAAAUGGAGAAGAGAAAUUGCAAAAUACUGAAAAAAAUCUAAAUGAAGAAAUAAACAAACUGAAAGAAAAGGCAAUCAAGUUGAAUGAGGACUUAAAUUUGGUAACUGAGGAAAGGUACCAGCUACUGGGAGAACUGAAGGAAAAGACUGAGACUGAAAGCGGUAAACUUCAGCAGCUGGAGAAACAGUGUGAUUUAUUAGCACAAGAGAGAGAUCAGCUCCAGAAAGCGCUGGAAGAUAUUCGAGCAGAGAAGAACAAACUGGAGAUUAACCUACAGGAGAGUAGUGAUAAGAUUCUUGAAGCCGAAAAGGAAUUGAGGUGGCAACAAGAACUCCUCAGCAAUGAGAAGAUCAAAGCUGAGGAAAGGGAAGAACAUUUGUUAAAGGUUCAGAGGCGGUCAGAUAUUUUGGAGGACAGCCUAACAAACAAGAUUCAGCAGUUAACUGAGACGCUAAAGAGUGUAUCGUGUGAAAAAGACCAGUUAUUGGCUGAAAGAACUAGUCACUCUUUCCAACUUAAAGAACAAAUCUCAUCAAUUAAUCGAGAAAAAGAUGAGCUAGAAAAACUUCUCCGGGAUAUCAGCUCUGAGCGGGACCAGCUCAAGACAGAAUUGCAAAGAAAUUCUGAGAUGUUUGUUGAAGCAAAUGCAAAACUAGAAUCUGCUCUAGACCAACUGAAGCAGAGAAACCUGACUGAUAAGUCCAUUCAGGUGGACCCACUGGAUAAUGCAGAGCAGGUGGUUGAUGACAGCCUGAAGGAAAAAACCUUGAAAAUUAAGGAGCUUCUUGAGAAAUUCCCAAAUAUAGGGAAGAAGUAUGAAUGUCUCUCUACAGUGUCUCUUAAUUUAAAGAAUGAACUGGAUGGUCGGAAAGCACUGAUAGCUGUGAUACUGACUCGGCUUUCAUUGGAACAGAGUAAACAAGUCAAAAGACUUCAAACUGAAAAUGAGAAAAUAAACAGUCAUCUCCAGAGUUUAUUGAACAAACUGAAGUUUCUGUUCAGUCGUGUUUGCUCAAAGAAAAGAGAAUAUCAUGCUACUGUUAACAAAUAUGAAAUGGACUUGCUUGAGGAAAAGAGAAAACAAGAUCAGCUACGAGCUCAGAUUCAGUGUCUCAGGAAGAUUUAUUUGAACCAGAAUGAAACAUCUUCUCAAGAGUUAAACAUCAGUGAAGUGCUGCGGAGUUUGCACUCGGAUGCAGAGAGCAUUCUCAAAGAUGUAUCAGAAAUGGAAAGCGAACUUCUGUGCAUAGAGGCAGAGUUACAGCAGGAGGAAAGUGCUAGAAAAGAAACAAUGCAGUUCUGGGAGGCUUGUUCAGGAACUCACUGUGAUGCAGAGAAACUUAAAGAAGAGUUAAAGAAAGAUAAUGAAAGGCUUUUACAAGUCAUUAACUUCUGGACUCCUAAAGUAAAGAUACUCCUUCAGCUUUCUUCAGAGCUGGAUACCAGAACUGCCAGUUAUUGUGAAAAUGCUGAUGUUGAAUCAAAACAAAGAAAAGAGAAAAGUGAAGAGUUGCUUCAGGAACUAAACACUCUUAAAGAACAACUGGCCCCUGGUGGCUCUGCCAGUCUUGCAUUAGAAGAAGAAAACUACAGACUUCAUAACAAAUUAAAGGCUGCAGAACAAGAUAUAAAGGCUAUGGAAGUAAAAAUUCAGAAGCUGGAAAAUGUAAUAAAUGAAGUAGGAAAAAAUGUCAAAGAGAAAGAUGACAGGAUAAGCAAGUUACAAGCACAGUUAAGAAUAAAAACAGAAACAAGUGAGCUCACCCAACUGCAAGCCAAAUUGAAUGAGACAGAGAAGUCCCUCAGAACUGCCCUGACAGAAAAUCAGAGUCUUCAGGCAAAAUUAGAUAAAGGUGCUGAGUUGUACAAAGAAGAAAUUGAUCAUCUCAAAACACAAUUGGUAAAAUACGAUAUGGAAAGAAUGAAACAAUCCAACUCUUUCGAUAGGAAACUUGCUAAUUAUAAAGCUCUUGCAGAACACCAGGAACAACAGUUAACAAAGCUAAAAGAAGAACUUAGAAGAGCGCACCAAGAGCAAGAUGUUACUGUGGUGCUGGACAAAAAGGCUCCUGAGCAAUCCCAAAUACCCCUUACUUGCGGUGGUGGCAGUGGUAUUGUGCAGAGCACACAAAUACUUAUUCUAAAAUCUGAACAAGCUAAACUACAGAAAGAGAACUUGCACCUGAAGAAACAAAAUGACCUUCUACUAAGUAAUGAGCUUCAACUGAAAGAGGAACUUAGAAAAUGGAAAGAAAGAGCACUGAAAUUGAAAGAACGAUCCUCAAGAGAAACCACUCGAGAGACAGUACCAAGGUCUCCACGGAAGACUGUGUCAUAUUCCCUUAAAGAGCAAAUGCCUUCACCCUCCAAGGAACCUAUUGCUCAGGAAAUUGUGACUCAGGACAUAUCAAAGCCUCUGCCACUGACUUAUCCAACAAAUUUCUUUGAUAAUUCCAACUUGGGUACACUAACAGAUGCACGACCUGCAGGACUAGAGCCCACAGGAGAACAUCUAAAGCACUGGUUUGGAACUUCAGAGAAAGAUAAGGCCCCUGAUUCUCGGCCAAUUAUGGUGCCAAGAGUAACUUUGCAUUUUGCAUCGUCUUUCAAUAUACUUCUAGUUCCUGUCUUAAGUUGGGUCAGCAGUAUGGGUCGGCUUGAUGGGAAGGUCAUACUGCUGUCUGCAGCUGCACAGGGGAUAGGACGAGCAGCUGCUAUACAGACAGAGAAAGUAAUAGAGUUAUCUCAGCAUCUCCGUAACGUAAUCAAGAAGGCUGUAAAAGCUCCUGCUUUUGCUAAAGAAGGAGCCAAAGUCAUUGCUACAGACAUCAAUGAGUCUAAGCUGCGAGAACUGGAGAAAUAUCCAG